AUGCCGGUCCAGGAUCCCUCCUCCUCGCCAUCCGCCGCAGGCGGCGGCGUGCGGGCCAAGCGCACGUCGUCGGGGCCGAUCCGGCCGGCUGACUACGCGCACAGCCCCACGCACCACUGCGUCGCGCUGCGGGAUGCCGCGGGGCUGCAAGCCAUCCUCGCAGGCCUCCCGCCGCUCGCGCACCCGUCCCGCGUUCUCACCGCCGCCGACGCCGCCCGGGAGGCCCGUCUCGCGUCCUCCGUCGCCGCCGCGCUCGACCGCCGCGACGUCCCGGGCGGGGACACCGCGCUGCACCUCGCGGUCCGGCUUCGGCUGCCCUCCCUGGCUUCCGCGCUCGCCGCAGCCGGGGCGGACCCCACGCUGCAGAACCACGCCGGGUGGACCCCGCUCCAGGAGGCCCUCUGCCUCGGGUGCAGGGAGAUUGCCGCCUGCCUCCUCCGCGCGCACCGCCUCGCCGCCUGGGCAAAGCUCCGGCGCCGGGCGCCCGCCCUCUCCGCCGCGCUGCGCCGGGUCCAGGAUUUCUACCUCGAGGUGGACUUCCACUUCGAGAGCUCCGUCGUGCCGCUGCUCUCGCGCGCCGCGCCCUCCGACACCUACCGCAUUUGGAAGCGCGGGGCGGACCUUCGCGCGGACACCACGCUCGCCGGCUUCGAUGGCCUCCGCAUCCGCCGCGCAGACCACUCGUUCCUCUUCUUCGGCGAGGAGACCAGUGCCGGCGGCCGCCGCCUGCCUCCGGGUUCUCUGCUCGUGCUCCACCGCGGCCGGCGCGAGGUGCACGACGCUUUCGCGGCGGCCGCGGCCGCGGGCGACGAGGACGCAGCCACCUCCGAUGCGGCCGCCUACCGCCCGGGGCUCAACAUCACCUCCGCGAGGCUCGUGCCGAGGACCACCUGGCUGCGGAAGGAGAAGACGGAGAACGUCGGCGAGUGGAAGGCGCGGGUGUUCGACGUCCACAACGUCGUCUUCUCCUUCCGCACCCUCAAGGCCGCGAGUGCCGGCCGCAAGGAUUUCACCUUCGAGCUCGCCGGAGAAGAGGACGGCGACGAAGACGACGACGAGUUCCUGCCACUGGAGAUCCGGGACGACGACGAGGACGGCGACUUCCUUGUCGCUGACAUCCCGCCGCCCACAGCGCGGCGCAGCUGCUACGUUCCCGGCCGGCGCAGCGUGGCGGGGCCGCCUUCGCACUUGGGGACCCCGCAGAGGCGGAGGAACAGCGUGGACGUGCCGCGGCGACUGCCGGCGUGCGCGUCGGUCGGGCGCGGCGAGGACGGCAUCUUCGGCCGGCACCCAGGGACGACGACGACGGGUGGAGCCAAGUGGAAGGAGGAGGAGACGGUGAAGACGCUGCGGCCGUCGGUGUGGCUCACGGAGGACUUCCCCCUGAGGGUCGACGAAUUCCUGCCGCUGCUGGACAUCCUGGCCAGCCGCGUGCGCGCCGUGCGCCGGCUCCGCGAACUGCUCACCACCAAGUUCCCACCAGGGACCUUCCCGGUGAAGGUUGCAAUCCCUGUUGUGCCAACAGUGAGGGUGGUUAUCACUUUCACCAAGUUCGUCCCCCUCGUGGAGCCAGAGGAGUUCUUCACUCCGAUGUCGAGCCCCAGCCUCUUGGUGAGCCCAGGGCCAGGAAGCAUCAUGGUGAAGCCUGACACCCACAAGAGCUCGUACCUGAGGUGGGGCUCGAAGAACUCGAGACCAAAGGCCGUGAACCUGUCACAAGUCGCCGACAACGCCGACCCCUUCACGGUGCCGAGUGACUACACCUGGGUGAACAGCCUUGGUUCCAAGAACCAUGACAAGAAGUCUUCCAAGUCCAAGAAGGGCAAGACCAAAGAGACCUGA